AGCACAGAAUAUAUUAGAAAGAAAUUAUAAAUAAAUAGAAGUAAUUGCUUAACGUCUUGCUUUCAGAAAUAACAAACACAAGUGUACGCUAGCAACCUUACUCUCUCUCAGAUCUCCUCGUCGUCGUCAUCGUCGUCAUCACCACCGACCGUUGGUUUCUCAUCGAUCCGUUCAACAGGAAUGGACGGCUACGAUGGAACCGUUAGGCUCGGAGCCAUAAACCUCAAGCAGCAUGAUCUUCGAGCCGGCGCCGCCGGCGAAUUUGACUCCGGACCGGACGUUUCAGUUUCGUCGCCGGUCACCAGGCAGAAAGCCGCCGCCGCUAAACAGUUCAUCGAGAAUCACUACAAGAAUUAUCUCCAAGGAUUGCAGGAUCGCAAAGACAGACGUAGAGAGCUACAGAGGAAAGUGCAGGAAGCUCAAAUAUCGGUUGAAGAGCGGGAGGAGAUGAUGAGGAAUUUGGAGAGGAGAGAAACAGAGUAUAUGAGGCUUCAGAGACGUAAAGUUGGAAUUGAUGAUUUUGAGCAAUUAACAGUAAUUGGUAAAGGGGCUUUUGGUGAGGUGAGGCUAUGUCGUGCUAAAGGUACAGGAGAGGUUUUUGCCAUGAAGAAGUUAAAGAAGUCAGAAAUGCUUAGCCGCGGACAGGUUGAACAUGUUCGAUCAGAGAGGAACUUGCUGGCAGAGGUUGACAGUAGAUGCAUAGUAAAACUCCAUUAUUCGUUCCAAGAUGCAGAUUUCUUAUAUCUCAUCAUGGAAUAUUUACCUGGUGGUGACAUUAUGACAUUGUUGAUGAGAGAAGAUAUUCUUUCUGAGGAUGUUGCUCGUUUCUACAUUGCUGAAAGCAUUCUUGCUAUUCACUCAAUACAUCAGUACAACUAUGUCCACAGGGAUAUAAAACCAGAUAACCUGAUACUGGAUAAAAAUGGCCAUUUGAAGCUUUCGGACUUUGGAUUAUGUAAGCCUCUUGAUGAUAAGUAUUCAAGUAUAUUGGAAAAUGAAGAUUUUACCAGUCAAGAAUCAACUAGUGAAACUGAUGGAUACUCUGUGUCCCCUUGGUUGAUGCCUAAGGAACAAUUACAGCAGUGGAAACGUAAUCGGCGAACAUUGGCAUAUUCAACGGUUGGAACUCUUGAUUAUAUGGCACCUGAAGUUUUGCUCAAGAAGGGAUAUGGAAUGGAAUGUGAUUGGUGGUCUCUUGGGGCAAUCAUGUAUGAGAUGCUUAUUGGGUAUCCUCCCUUCUGUUCUGAUGAUCCAAGGAUGGCCUGCCGAAAGAUUGUUAACUGGAGAACAUGCCUGAAAUUCCCUGAAGAACCCAAGAUAUCAGCUGAAGCUAAGGAUCUCAUAUGUCGCUUACUAUGUGAUGUUGACACUAGACUAGGAACCAGAGGAAUAGAAGAAAUAAAGGCUCAUCCAUGGUUCAAGAGUGUUCAGUGGGAUCUGCUUUAUGAAUCAGAGGCUGCAUUUAAACCUACAGUUACUGGAGACUUGGAUACGCAAAAUUUUGAGAAGUUUCCUGAUAUAGAAGGUCCACCAUCUGUAACUGCAACUGUAGGACCUUGGCGAAAGAUGUUGACAUCCAAAGACACCAAUUUCAUAGGAUAUACUUUUAAGAAAUCAGACAUUCUUAAAUCACUUGAAAAUUCAGGUGCAGACGUUAAAGUAAAUGGAUCAUCAAAUGCCCCAUCAUUGAUAUCCUUAUUAGGUAGGAUUGAUUUGCAAGAUACCGUCAUCCCAGAAACUGAGCAGAAGCCAUAAACUUGAAUGAAAACCCUUGCAUGUUUAAUGUACUGGAUUUGAUCCUGUAUGCUAUUCUUUAUGCUUGUCAAUUUGAAGAUUAUAGAGUGAUUGAAUGUUAGCAAGCAUGCAUGUUCAUAACUCAUUACAGCCAAAUACUGCAGUCGGUAAAUACGGUAAGAUCAUGGGAUUGGAUUCAUCACUCAUUCAUGGUGGACUUUAGUACCUUGCGGCUCACUUCACUACUACUGCUUUCUGCACUGUCAAAAACCCAAAAAGAUGAUUCCAUAUAUUGUGACACCAAGUCAAAGCUGUGCUGUUCGUAUAUAUAAUCCUAUAUACAUAUUCAGUUUCACUUAUGCUGUUCAGUGUUCAGUGAUGAAAAAAUUUUGGCUCCCAUUCUUUUUGUUGUACACAAAUUUCCUGACCCAAUUUCUCAAAGCAAUUUUUAUUUUUUUAACUAGUAUCUUAAAUCACAGGCUACUACUGUUAUGAUC